UGGUCGCGCUUGUUAAGCCCCCUCUCCUCCGGGAGCUCUCGUCAGGACCAGGCAAAGGACCCUGCCAAGCGUCUUCAUCGCUUCGAGAAGGAGUACGCCGGCUUGUUGUCCAUCUGGCGCAAAUCCACCAACCUGUCCCAAGACAUUGACGCCGCCGAGACGGUCGAGAUCAGGCUCCAGGAGCUCACCAACAUCCUCAGCGACGAGAGCCGCCGCCCGCUGCCGCACCCCUGCAUCCAGUAUGCCUCCAUCAAGCAGAUAUACGUGCCCAUCGGCAAGAUUGCCACGUCGUCGUACAACGAAUGGAUCAUCAAGGAGGCCGUCCUCUUCUUCGCAACCCUCAUCGAGAGCGAGGAGGAGGCCUUUGUCGAGAACCACACCUUUUCCGCCAGCCUGACCAAUCUGCUGGUGCGCAUCACCGGCGUCAACAGCGCGCGCCUCGGGCUGGAUACCGAGUCGCGCGUUGUCGAGCUGGCCUUUAACAUCACCACCAAGAUCCGCCUGGAUCCCGACAUCCUCCCUGCCUGGUUCAAGACGCAGCAGGACGUCAACCGCCCGAGCGACCGCGCGGCGAGUGUUCGUGACAAGUUCGCUGGCCGAACCAAGAGAGCCGACUUCCCCCUCUUUUAUAUCCUGAUGGACUACAUCCACCACGAAGGCAAGGUGGGCGACUUUGCGCGCACGGGCUUGCUGUACAUUAUCGAGGCCGCCUCGAGCUCCGAGUCUCUCGAGCAAUGGAUCGUCGAGAGCGACCUGUCGACGCUCAUGGCCACCGGGCUGGGAGCCCUCUACAGCCAGCUCAGUCGCAAGCUCGUCAUCGACCACUUGCCAAACAACCUGCCGCCCAUCCUCGCCCUCUCCGACUAUGAACACCCCACCUCCAACUACGAAAUCGUCAGCUCCUGCUCGGCCGAGUUCCAGUCCCACCUCGAGACGUUCUUGUCGCACCUCUUGUUUUGGCAGGAUGUCUUGAACCACUGCAAGUCAGUCGAGGUCAAGUCGACGCUCCUCGAGCACUUUCAGGUCAUUUUCUUACAGCAGCUCUUAUACCCAUCAUUGCUAGAGUCUUCCGAUAUAGACGGAGGCUCGUCCGUGGCCGUCUUGACCUACCUCCGCCGCAUCAUCGAGUCCCUCGACCACCCCGACAUGAUCAAUCUCAUUCUCCAUUACCUCCUGGCUUUGCCCGACGCCGUCAUCUCGCACAGCCCCCCUUCAGAGACGGCGAUAAGCGCCGCCCGGCAGCGCAAGUCCAUGGAUCUCGCGACCAUGAUGGCGGAGAAGCCCGACACGACGGCGACCCCGCUGCUGUUUAACCUGGUUGAUCUGAUCCUGGCCUGUCUCAGGUCGCGCAACCAGCAGACCAUCUACGUCACUCUCCAGCUGGUUUCGGCCAUCGUCAAGAGGCACCAUCGUUACGCAGUCCUCACCCUCCUCCGGACCGACUCGUUCCCAAGCAAUAACAUUAAUCGAACUGUGGGCGCCCACGAGCAGGAGAUUGAGUACCUGAUGUCGCUGGCGGAGAGCAUUGGCGGUCGAGAUGACUUUGACGAGACGUACGAGAGCAUUCUGAAGGAUACCAUGGCCCGGCUUGAGAGCCACCCGUGCUCCCUCAGGCUGGUCGCCCCACGGCUGUCUCAGCACAACCACAAGCUGCCUACCAUUCCAGACAGUCUACCAGGCGCACCCAAGGACGUGCGGGAACACACGCUUCGCCACGACGACCUCCUCCUCAACUCCAUCCUGGACUUGAUGGAGAACUUUUUCAUGAAUCCGGUGGAGACGAACUUGUCAGUCACCGACACCAUCAUUGACAUGGCAAUCUGCGGCUACAUGAGCAUCGAGGGCUGGCUGGCCCGGAACCCCAAGAGCUACACGGAAACCGGCAAUCGGUCGCUGGCCGACGAGCUCAACUCGCAGGAUGACGGCAGCUCGGAGGGCGGCUUCUCUAGCUAUUCAAACAACACAGAGGCGGACCGGCUGGAAUCGAUGGAAAAGUGCAGGCGGCGCCCCAAGUGGACCCAGGAGUCUCUGCCCCGGAUCCUCGUCGUGCUGAAGCGCCUUUGCGACCAAGUCGAGGCCUUUAGGCAGACGGUGCCUCGGUUUGACGAGCUCCUUCAGCAGCGACGCGAGGCCUUCCAGACUGCAGAUUCGAUCCUGGACAACCCCCCGGCCCCCGUUCAGCAAAGGACGCCAGAACGGCCCAGCUCCAGCCUCGACGACAUGAUCCGAUCCGUGUCCCCGUCGCGCCCGUCGGGCCUCGAGGGAUUCGCUCAGCGGUUGCUCUCCGAGCUGGGAAGCCCCAGUCGUUCUGUGACAACCAGAGAGCGCAAGAAUAGCACUCGGGCACGGUCUGGGUCGUCGACGCCGGGCUACAACGUCUCGGACCUGCUCUCUCCCAGCCCCAUGCCCAACACCUCCAAGCCGCUGCCCGACCCCAACAGGGGUGCUCUGAACCGGGGCUUGUCGCCCGCCAGUGCUCAGUCCGAGGCCGGCAGACAACACCGAGGCAGUAGGCAAGGCUCCGUGGUCGCCCAGCCGGCCGACUUUGCCGCCGUGGAUCAAAGCAUCCUGGCCCGGCGGGUAGGUCUGCCGGCCGAGCCGGCCAAGCCCAAACCGGUGGAGUCGGAGAGUAAGCAGGAGCCUGCUCCCGAGCCGGUCCUCUCCGGAGAGGAGCUGGCCAACCUGGACGGGUACGACAGCAGCGCGGACCGAAGCGAGGUGGCGACCGAGCCGACGGUGGUGACGGAGACGACGGACCAUGCCGAGCCGACGAGCCCGGCGCAAGAGGAGAACAUGGUGUCGGUGUCGCACGUCAUUACCAACGUGCUCAUCUUUCAGGCGUUCCUGAUGGAGCUGGCUAGUCUGAUGCAAGUCAGGGCAGGCUUGUUUAACGAGGUGCGCUUUGUUUGA